CCAAAAGAAACACCCACUCCCUUUACUCCCCGCACCCCGCCGGCCCCUGCCACCCCACGCCGCCGACGCCCCGCCACCGCCUCGCCGCCAUGCCCCGCCGGCCCUGCCACUCCCUACCACCUCCGCCCCGUCACCCCUCGCCCCAGCCCCCGCCAUCGCCGCCCCGUCGCCGCCUCGCCCCCACGCCUCGCCACCACCGCCCCCUGCCACCAGCCGCGCCCGGACCUCCUGUCUUGCUUCGACACCGUCCUGGAGUGGAUGCCCCGCCACACGUCGCGCCCCACCAUCGGCAGCCCAGUGGCAUCCCGGCUCGAGAAUCGGCCAUCGGGAGGGACAGAUUUUUCCGUCUCGUCCCGGGCGUUGGUUUGGGGAUGAUUUUGGGUGUGGUUCCUUUAGUUCCCCUGCAGGAGGAGGCAGGCCCAGCAGCAAGGUGUGAGAUAUGUGGGAGUGGAGAGAAGAAAUUGUAUGUGUUCACUUGCAUCCAGUGCAAUGGCUGUCAACAUCGAGCCAACAUGAUGAGAUUGAAGGGAAGUUUUUUUGAGGAAAGGGCCGCCCUUGGAGCCAAGUACCAAAAGCUAUAUGAACCAUUGUACACUAAGAGGUACAACAUUGUAAAUAGAGUUGUGGAGGUUGAUGGUGUUGCUCAAGAACCUACCAAUGAAAAUGUUGCAGAGGGGGAGAUUCAGAUGCUAAAGGAAUCCCAGAUUUCUGGCUCACUGCUUUGAAAACAAAUGAAGUGCUGGUUGACGAGGUGUAUUCACCUCAUCACACCAUCAGUUCUGAUCAAGGAUCUGGAUGUGGUGCAAGCUACAAACACUGCCCGGAAGGAGGCAUCGGGAUUGUUAUUGACUAGGAAGAGCAGGAGGCAGCCGGAGAGGCAGUAAGCUCCUUUACUUUGUUGAUAAUUUCUCUGAUGUACUCCCUCCGUCCGGAAAAAGCUGUCACCGCGUAGAUUUUGCAAAUAAGUCCUUUAUCUUUUCCCGACAUAACCCGCAGUACGUUCUUUCCCUUUCCGUGACCACGCUCGCUCUCCCACUCGCCGGCGAUGCCUCGCAGCUUCCCCACGCCACGCCGCUGCAUUGCCUUGCCGACGCGCAGCUCCCCUGCGCACUUUCCUCCUCACUUCCGCCACGCUGCAGCUCCCCCGCAAACUUCCCUCCCCCCUUCCGUCGGGCCGCAGCUCCACCGGGAAGCUCAAGGAACGACUUUUCCCCUUCCUUGAGUCCCUCGCCGUCGCCUUCCUUGAGUCCCUCAUCAUCGCCAUAGCGAGCUCCUCCUUCCUUCUUCAUGGCGAACUCCUUCUUGCUGCCUCCUUCCUUUCAGCCAUUGAGCUGGCCAUGGUGAUGGCCAGAUCCGUGCCUGCUCGUGAAGAUUGGACCUUGGUGAGUGCCGACCCCACACCGGACCCUACCAACCCCACGUCGACGCCAUCCCGACCGACCUUGGUGAGUGCACUGAAGUUACUUUGCUUCUUCUGAUGGUCUUGACGGCGUACUCUGCUUCUGUCGGUGGAAGAUUGCCGCCCUCAGCAACUUAUGUGUGCCCUCUGCUUCUGAUGGUCUUCAAGGCACCGCUGCUGCUCCGAAGCUGCAGCACCAUGUCGUGUGCUUUUAAACGUCUGGAGGUGUGGAAUCCCGCCAGGCGUGGCUGUGCAGCGUCGGGUUCGCCCAGUUCCCCGACGACCGCGCUGUGUGGGUCGUUGAGACGCCGCUUCCGGAGAAGAAGUCUACGACAUUCGCCACCCGCCGCCCACCUGUACAUCAGGAAGAGCUCUGUACUUGUUAUCACCGGCAGCAACACGAGAUGAGGACCUCCGGCGAUGCAACACGAGCAGGGGACAAGCGGCAAGUUGCAGAGGAGCAGCAAGUUACUGAAAAUUCAGUUUACUGCAUAAUGUUUCAACCAGAACAUGAAUUAAGAUGCAAGAAUCAUCAAGUUGGUAGCAGUCAAUGCAAAAUUACAAACUGUAUGAUCCGUUGUUGCUCUAAUUUGACAUCAGUUUGGUCAUCUGCGAGUUGGGUCAAUCUAUUUUGUAGCAGCAGAGGCGGCGAGGAGGAGCUGGGUCACCUCGACAAAAAAGAAGAAGAAGAAAUCGAGGAGGAGGACAGAUAGACGGCGGUGGUCGCCUAUGUAGCAGGUGGGCGGCGGCGCUGCGCCUGACGGUGGAUGCGGUAGUCACCCUCGAUGGACGACGGUGGAGUAGCGGCGGCCUGGAUCUUGCCCAACUCCGGCACCGGAUUGGUUGGACUUGGUGGGCCGGGGAUGCGAGCAGGACGAUGAGGAGGAGACACCCGUGAGCUGUGGAGCCAUCGCCCGUCGAGGUGUCGCCGCGGAGGAGCAGAUGGGUGGCGGCAAAGCUGGCCUCUGUGUUCACAAGUAAGCAGGGCACACGUUGGGAGCUGUUGUGCAGGUUGGCGGCGCCGGAGGAGUGGCGCGGGAUGAUACCAACGGUGGGUGGGGCGCACCGCCGGCGACGAGGAAGACAGUGGCUUGGGGCGCGCGGUGCUGCGGACGACGAAGGUGGAAGAUAGGUGGAUUAGCAAGAGAUUUAAUAGAAUAAGGGUGUUUUUGUAAAAUUGAAAAUGUACUAAGCUGAGGACAAUUUUUCCGGACGGAGGGAGUA